AUGCCUCAGAACGAGUAUAUCGAACGCUUCCAAAAAACCCACGGUCGCCGCCUGGACCAUGAGGAACGAACCCGCAAACGCGAAGCCCGCGAGGGCCACCUCGCCUCCCAAAAAGCGCAGUCGCUACGUGGUCUCCGCGCAAAGAUGUACGCCCAAAAGCGACACGCGGAAAAGAUUCAAAUGAAGAAACGCAUUCGCGCCCAAGAAGAGAAGAAUGUGAAAUCCGCGGCGCCCUCCGAGCCUUCUUCCGCUACGCCCUUGCCCAAUUAUUUGCUUGAUCGGUCGCAGGCUACCAAUGCCAAAGCUUUGAGUUCGGCGAUUAAGGAUAAGAGAUCUGAGAAGGCCGCCAAGUUUUCGGUUCCGUUGCCCAAGGUUAAGGGUAUUAGUGAAGAGGAAAUGUUUAAGGUUGUGAAUACGGGAAAAAAGACGCACAAGAAAUCGUGGAAGAGGAUGAUUACGAAGCCGACGUUUGUGGGGCAAGAUUUUACGAGAAGAAACCCCAAAUUCGAGCGUUUCAUUCGUCCAAUGGGUCUCCGAUACAAGAAGGCCAAUGUCACACACCCCGAACUAGGCGUCACAGUCCAACUCCCCAUUCUCUCCGUGAAAAAGAAUCCUCAAAACCCGCUGUACACUCAACUCGGCGUCUUGACCAAGGGUACCGUUAUUGAGGUCAAUGUUUCCGAGCUUGGAUUGGUUACAACAUCCGGAAAAGUUGUAUGGGGUAAAUAUGCGCAAGUUAGUAAUAAUCCUGAUUUGGAUGGAACUGUGAACGCCGUUCUCCUCGUUUAA